AACGUGUGGAAUUCAGGGAGGCUCCACCUGCGGAAGUUGGCGUGAAGGUGUUCGGGUCACGUGACAUACAGGUUGCCCAGUGUCUUGUCCUGAGCAUUACCCGGGUAACCACCUCACACCAAAACCUUGUACCAUGGUCGGUGUUAAAGUGAUCGGGAGCGACCCGGAUUUCCAGCCGGAGCUAGCGGCCGCCGGCUCCAGGCUUUCAGUGGUGAAGUUCACAAUGGCUGGGUGUCGGCCCUGUGUCAGAAUAGCUCCAGCUUUCAACACGUUGAGUAACAAGUACCCACAGGUUGUCUUUCUUGAAGUAGAUGUUCAUGUGUGUCAGGCGACAGCAGCAGCCAACAACAUCUCAGCCACACCGACGUUCUUGUUCUUCAGGAACAGGGUUCGGGUGGAUCAGUAUCAAGGGGCAGAUGCUGCAGGUCUCGAGGAGAAGAUCAAACAGCACACAGAAAAUGACCCGGGUAACAGCGAGGACUCGGACAUCCCAAAGGGAUAUAUGGACCUUAUGCCUUUCGUCAACAAAGCCGGCUGCGAGUGCCUCAACGAGAGCGACGAGUGUGGCUUCAAUAACUGCUUAGUCAAGGACUCGUCCUACCUGGAGUCAGAUUGCGAUGAACAGUUGCUGAUAACUAUUGCCUUCAACCAGCCUGUGAAGCUCUUCUCUAUGAAGCUACAGACCUCUGACUUUGCUCAAGCCCCUAAGGUGGUGAAGGUGUUCAUUAAUCUUCCUCGGUCAAUGAGUUUUGAUGAUGCUGAGCGGAGCGAAGCCACUCAGGCUCUUGAGCUGUCAGAGGAGGACUACAAAGAUGACGGUUUGAUUCCUCUGCGAUAUGUCAAGUUUCAGAAUGUACAGAGUGUUACGUUGUUUGUCAAGUCGAACCAAGGAGACGAGGAGACGACAAAAAUCAACUAUCUGACAUUCAUAGGCACUCCGGUACAGGCCACCAACAUGAAUGACUUCAAGAGGGUUGUGGGAAAGAAAGGAGAAAGUCACUGAAAAGAAGAAUGGAGGGGAGGAAGAAGAGGAGGUUACACACACAUCCAUGGACUUUUCCUCUGCCAAAGCUGCCACACACUUUGCUGUGACACCAACAAACACACACACACACACACACACACAUACAUAUGUCCUCCUCAAGCCCUGAAUGAAUUCUGAAACUCAGUCUAUUAAUCAUUUGUAUUGUAAUUCUGAUGGAUAUCACUGUAAAUAAAGACAGUCCUUUUUCAAAGG